AUUCACAUUAUAUAGACGAUUUUGUCGCUUACCGUUUUUUUGUUUUUCAGUUUUUACAUUUAAUAUUUUGUUGAAGAGUUUGUUAACUUUAUAAAAACAGGUAUGCUAUUUUACAAAAGUAAGAAUUUGAUCAUAGAAAAUAAUUAACACUUGACACGCUCACAGCUCACAAAAGAAGAUAUUCGGAUAUGCUGUGCUGUCAGCUGCUUAUCUGAACAAAUCGGAUGGGUCGGAAAAAGCAAAGGAAGAAAGUGGAACGCAACCUUGAGAUUUGUGCCUGACCAGUGCAACCUGCUAUUUCCACAAAUAUAAUUGGUCAAGACAGAGCCUGCAGCCUGACGUCUAUGUGAAUGACAGAUAACUUAUGGAUAUAGGACCGAACCGCACUGACUUCUACAUUGGCCUCUCACUUGCCGUCAGCUCAAGUGUUUUCAUUGGUGGAAGUUUCAUUCUUAAGAAGAAAGGUCUUUUAAGAUUGGCCAGCAAGGGGUUUAUGCGAGCAGGUCAGGGUGGAUAUGCUUACCUCAAGGAAUGGCUAUGGUGGGCAGGACUAAUAUCUAUGGGCGCAGGGGAAGCAGCUAACUUUGCUGCUUAUGCUUUUGCCCCUGCCACACUGGUGACCCCACUGGGAGCGAUGAGUGUUCUUGUGAGUGCUGUGCUGUCCUCCUAUUUCCUGAAUGAGCGGUUGAAUGUGCAUGGAAAGAUUGGCUGCUUGCUUUGCAUCCUGGGAUCCACUGUCAUGGUCAUCCACGCCCCCCUGGAGGAAGAGGUGGCCUCCCUUACUGCUAUGGCUGAGAAGCUCAAAGACCCAGGGUUCAUCGUGUUCGCUGUGUCUGUUGUGGUGAGCAGCUUGAUUCUCAUGUUCCUGGUUGCCCCACGCUUCGGCCAUAAAAACGUGCUUGUGUACAUCCUCAUCUGCUCUGUGAUCGGCUCCUUGUCGGUGUCUUGCGUCAAGGGGCUUGGUAUCGGUAUCAAGGAGCUAUUUGCCGGCACUGCUGUCCUAAAGGAACCGCUGUUCUGGUGCCUGCUCAUCUGCCUGGUGAUCUGUGUCAGCAUCCAGAUCAGCUACCUCAAUAAAGCCUUAGACAUAUACAACACCUCCAUUGUCACCCCAAUAUAUUACGUGUUCUUCACCACUUCUGUAAUGGCGUGUUCGGCCAUCCUCUUCAAAGAGUGGCUUAGCAUGACCACGGAUGGAGCCGUGGGGACUGUCAGUGGCUUUCUCACAAUUAUCCUAGGGAUCUUUCUCCUCCACGCGUUCAAAGAUAUCACAUUCAGCCGGGACUCGCUGCCACUGUACCUGAGGAAGGGGCCUCACGGGUCCCCCUGGAGCCAGCAGCCUUAUGUUGCUCUGUACAACCCAGAAAGUCAGCCCAAUGUGCUGGGGGAGGGGAAGCUGGCCAGGGAAGGGGGCUCUAAGGGCGGAUACUCACCAGAGGGCUCCAUAAGGAGAAACAACAGCUUUGUCAACAUUUAGCACCUGGUUUGGGGUCAAUUUCAUUUUUAUAUCAGUUAGUUGAUGGAAAUGUAUUUAGAUCAUAGGAAACCAUUCCAUCUAUUUAUUUAAUUUCAAGUUCCAGAAUUGGAAACUGAAUUGACCUGAAACCUGCUUUGCAAAAAUACCAAAUGUUCAGAGACUAAUUGGUGAUCCUGUGCUUUGCAAUACUUCAGCUUUCUCAGUUUUUAUGAUAUAAGUACCUGCGUAAACAAGUGGAAACUAUAUGUUUACUAAAUCGGUAAUAAAUCUGUCUUAAAAUCACAGGAUGGUAUACUGUACAGUCUAGUUAUGUCUAGCGAUAAGCAAAUUGCAUUUUCUUUAUUCCUUAAGGUAAACCUUUUAACAGGUUGAAAGCAUUCAUUCUACAUGUUUCCUUUUAUCUCUGGAUGUGGUUUUUCUACUGUUUAAGAAAACUUUGUUUGUGGCACUAUGAAUGAAUGAGAUCAAUGUUAAAAUAUAAUAAUGGACAGUGUGACCAAAUGGAAUGUAUUGAUGAAAUAGUUUUAAUCUGAACCUAUUGAUGCCCUCUACUGUUUUUCAGUGAACUGUAACUUAUUAAGUCUGUCUUGUACCUGUUUUUUUUUAUUGCAUUUUAAAAAUCUUGUAUUCUAAUGUGCCUAGCAAUGCCUCAUGCCUUACUGUAAGUCAAGUUAAUGCUGUGUUUAACUUGUAUGUCAUUCAAUCACCUGUGUCUCUGAAAAAGUUACUGUUUGUGUCAAGAUGGAAAAAGUCACUGCAAUACCUCAAUUGUUUUUCUUCAUGUACACCAGUGGUUUGCGACCAAGUGUACUUACUCUUUAGGGUGCUUAGCCUAUUCAUUGGAGGUACUUAAAGGGAUAUUUCAACUUAGAUUCAUAUUUGGGUAAAAUUCUGUUUACCCUUAGUUCUUGGUGGCCCAUGGAGUAGUUUUUCAAAACAAGCUAUUAUUUACCUAAUUCCCAGUCUGGAAUUAGCAUUAUUAGUAUCUGCCAAAUUCAUGAAUUGAAACUGUCAGUGUUAUCUUGCUCAAAGUAAUGUUUUCAUUUUUGUUAUAUAAAUCUAAUUUUCAACUAAACUGAUCCUACUUAUCUGUUCAUCUGAUGAACUUGUUGCAAAGUAGAAAACUGGUCAUUUAUUUUGGACAAAUGGUGUUAAUGUGUUUUUAGUGUCAACGUACCUUCAUGAACAACCAUUUAGCAUUUGCUAGCUACCGAUGACAGUAUUACUGAAUAACAGGCUGUGUGUGGUGGCUACAGAAAAUAAUUUGCAUAGUUAAUUUGAAGUCCCCAAACUAUGCCCCGUUUCGUCAGUAUGCAGUCAAAAAAUGUAUGCUGGCAUGACAUAACUUGAAAUGUAUGUUUUGCGGCUUGGGACAAACUGUUUCAAUUCAUGGAUUUGGAUGAGGUUAAUAAUGUUAAUUCCAGACUGGGACAGAGGUGGAUAAUGUGUUGUGAAAAAUGACUGCAUGGGUGUUCAAUAACUCAGGGUAAGUGGAAUUUCACCCAAAUAUGAAUCUAGGUUGAGUUAUGAUAUAUACCUUUAAGACUCAUGACACCAUAGGUUGGUAACAUGCACUUGAGGGGGUAUUUCAGGGUUAAUUCGUGUAGGAUGAAAUUCAGGUGGUGCAGUAACUGAAAAGUGUUGGGAACCACUACACUAUGAGAUUACUACUAAUACAUCAGUAUUUACUUAGUCAAAUUCUUACACAGCUUUUUUUUGCAUUCCUCCAAGUCCAUAUGCAAAACUAACCUAUUAUAGUCAUUAAUCUUGUUUUCAUACUGCUGACUUUGGUUGUAAAUAAACAUCUUAAACCAUUUCUACAGA